AUGCUGGAUGCGCGGAAAUUGCAGCACCAGUCUCAUCUCACAUGGCAAUCUCGGUGUGCACCUCGUUGCGUUGGAGAUGAAUUGCCGCCAAGCAGCUGGCGAGAGAGGGCAUUGAAACACAGAGAGCUAUGCCCAGUGUUGCAAGGGCGGCCACCAAAGCUUGUGGAAGGAAAUGAUGGAGGAAAGAGUAUUGUGAAUGAUGUGAAUGACGUGAAAGAUAUGAAAGUCUCCGAAGAAUCAGCCCUUUUCUCGCCCGACAAGGACUUUGAUUGGCAAGUGGAACUCUCAAGAUACAUUGCGAGACGCAGUGCCAUUUUGGCUCUUGAAGCUGAACGGUCAAGACAAUUACACUCAGAAGCUUUCAGUGCCAACACCGAAUCUGAUGACUGGACAACUGAAGUUCCAGGAGCCCAAGCAGCUGAGAUUUUGAGUCUGAAAGACACAGUGGCAUGGAAAGCAGUUUUGGAGGCAAUCUCCUUUGAACGGACACAGUUACGCAGAGGCUUCUCAAACAAAUGGCCAGAUUCCCUGUGGUCACCUGGCUGUUUAGCGGAUUUAGAUUCUGAAUCGGCUCGGUCAGAGUUGUGUAGAAUUGAACUCCAACUUGCGGAGUGGAUCAAAGAUCUUGAGGCGCUCGCUGAUGGAAGCGAUGUGAUUCGGCAAGGGUUGCAGGCGAUGCCAGUUGUGGUCCUUCUGAGACAGUUGCUGUGCGACUUCCGGAUCGCUACUGGUGACCUUCCAGGUGCUGCAACAGCCCUAGCAGGUGCUGUUGCAACCGAAUCUGGUGCAGAUCCUUUGCGGCCGCCCCUGCUAAUCGGUUGGGAGGAUUCUCUCAGCUGUAAUUAUUUGAAGGCUCAACAGUGUUUCAGACUCGGAUGGUUGGCACUUCUGGCAGUUGGCGAAAGCCGAGCUGCUGCGCAGGCGAGGGCGGUGAAACCGGUUUGGUAUGGAGUCAAGGUGGUCAGGCAGGUCGCAAAAGACGAAGCAUACACAGAAGAGUUGAAGCGAAGAAGAGAAGCCUGGACUUCAGCCCAAUAUGCUGAAUUGGUCAGAGGGGCUCUACUCUCUGCACGCCCUUUGCUGCGAGACGCUGGUCGCCUCUAUAAGGCUGAACGGGAAUCCAGCCCAAAGAUGAACCUUUUGGACAAGGAGGAGGAAUGGCAGCUGGCCUUGGAAUGCUGUGAGAUUCUGACCUUUGAACUAGAGGCAGAGGUGUGCCAUAUGUUGGAAAGUCCUGCAGACGAGGUCAAGAAGAUCUUGCUGAAGGCAGUCCAGCACAGUCUCAGAGUGCAGGCUUCCCCUGCCGCCACAACUCGCUUACAGCGGCUGGUCUUCGGGCUUCGUCGCAGGCUCUUGGACAAAGCUUGUCCGAACGAAGACGCUACCUGA